GAAGUAUAUAAGGAUACACGUACAUUCAUAAACAUAAACAUAUAUUGAUUAAUCUUCAAGAUCAUUGUUUAAUAUCCUCUCAAAAAUAUCAUAGUUUAAUUUAUAAAUCGGUGAAAAUGUAUGCAACAAGACUUCUUUCCAUGUACAAAAGGAAUCCUAGUGCUCUUUCAGAUCCACCACCAUCAGGACCAAAUUCAAGUUAUCUUGUGAUAUUGGAUGAAGUAGCUCAAACUUACUCUUGUUUUGGUUUGUCAAAAGACAAUAGAAUCAAGAAUUUUCCUUUACCUCAGAACAAAAAUUUAACCAUCAAUUUAUCAGCAGGUGAAAGCACCUUUUUGGAAGAAGCUAUGUUCAUUCCAGUAUUGAAUCAACCAUUGUCUUCUAAUCGCUACUAUGUUAUAAGAAGGGAGGGGAAAUAUCAAGGCCAAGCUAGUACAAGUUCAAAGGAAGAGGACAAGACCACAUGUUUAUGUUGUAGUUUUGUCCAUGAUGUUAAACCAAGAGCUUUGAAGCCCUUCAAUGAUUAUCAGCAGUUUGAAAUAAUCAAGAAGAGUUAUGGUUUUCAAGCAAAAUCUAUCGCUUCAAAUGGAAUUCCUCCUGGGUUAUUGAGGGAAGAAGGGUGGGCACUUCAUGCUAGCACUCCCCGCAACUACCAAUUAAGCCAAGCUUUAGGUUCAAAUGAUUCCUUGCGUUCCAAGCUACCAAAUUUCAACUUUCCAUUGACUUAUGAUCAUUCUGGAUCAGUGAUUGUUGGAAACUGGUAUUGUCCUUUUAUGUUUGUGAAAGAAGGAAUGAAUUUAAAGGAGCAGAUGAAGAUGUCAAUGUUCUAUGAGCUAACACUUGAGCAAAGAUGGGAGAAGAUAUUUUCAAAGGAAAAUGAAAAUAGUGGAGAAGGUGAUGUGGUUGUAGAUGUUGUUAUUCAAACAGAAGUUGCUAAAAUUGAAGGAAAGGAUGCUGUUUGGGAUGAAAAUAGAUUGGUUCAUGGAGUUUUGUGGUUUAAGAGUGUUGAAAAGAAAAGUGUUGGAUUGAGGUUGGAAGUUGGUGAGGCAAUGAAAUGGGAACAAAGAAGGUUUGGAUGGAAUGCUGGGAAUGGAAGACAAGUGAGAGUAACAAAAGUUGAAGAGUUUGAUGGAACAAACAAAUGGAAUAAAUUUAGUUGUUAUGUGUUGGUUGAAACUUAUUCAUUGAGAAGAAUGGAUAAAAGUUUGUUGCUGACUUAUGCUUAUAGACACUCACAUCAAAUUAAGAGCAAGUGGGAAUGAUUAAUUUUUACUUUAAUCUUUGGGCUUCUUCAGUAGUUCUUGUUAUUCAUUAUUAUACUAUGUACAACUUAUUUAUGUAGCUACACAUAGGAUGUUAGAGCCGGCACAUUUUGGCCCCUUUAUUUUUGUGUAUGUAAAAGGCGUGUCUUAUAUAUACUCUUUUUUAUUUGAGCAAUUCUAUAUAUUUUUCUUUAAUCAAAUAAA